AUGACGGUGGGAGACGGCGCAGUGGCGGUCGAUGACCGGCUAGAAGCCGUGCGGCGUCCCGCACGCCCUGCCGACGUACCCCCUUCCCUCCCCGGCACCGCCUCCCGAGCACCACCCUCGCACCCCGGCGCCCCAGCGUCGACCCUUCCCCCUCCCACGCGGGAAUGGCACCCCGGCCGCCUCCCUCCGCGUCGCCGGGCCCCACCCCUGCCCGUUUUCUCCCGCGGCGCCUCUCAUGAUUCAAUUUCACCCAGCCAACUGGCAAAUCCCCUUUGCCAGCACGCACCCCUGCGCGGGCCCUGGACGCCAGCCCCAACGCUCACCCGCAACCGCGGGGCGCCGGGCACCUGCCUGGCCCCCGCCGUGAGCGCCGGCCGGCCAGCCGCCCUUGCCCUACAGGUCCUCCGGACCCACGUCGCCUGCCAUCGUGCGUGCAAACGCUCCGGUGUCCGAAAGUGA